GAUAUCAAUUCGCUCAUUGUGCUACCACAGCGCGGUUUGGAUAUUGUUUUGAACGCUUCUUCCAGGUGUCGCAAUGGGUCACCUAUACGGGUUCGGUUUAGUAGUAUCUGUGGUGCUUGUACAGAUGCUAGUCUUUCCCUCAGCAACGAUGGCUAAGUACUACAAUGUCGUCACGUACGACAAUUGCAAACACAUGGACAAUCCGGCCGCCACGCUAAGCAACGUGAAAGUGGCCGGCAAGCCGAACGCGAUCGAGCUGAGCGCUACCCUGGACGUGACGCGGGAAAUCGAUCCACCCGUUCACAUGCAGCUGUCCGUGAAGCGGUGCAAUCUGCAGAAGGAGGGCUGCGAAACGUACGAACACAUCUCGAUGGAGGACAUCUGCUCGAAGAUCGAGAGCAAUCCGAUACUGCACAAGUACAUGGAUGUGUUUAAUCCACCGCUUAGCUGCCCGUUGAAAAAGGGUCGUUACGUGGCAGAAAAGUCCGAGCUGAAGCUGCACAUGCUGGAGAUGUUCCCGAUCGAGAACGCGUUCUGGCAGAUGGAGUUCCGAUUCAUGAACAAACACAACCAAACGAUGCAGUGCGAUUUCGUUGAAAUUGCUGUGACGGAUAAGGAGUGAUCGCCCGGGUGGGGAGGGCGAGUCCACUUACCUUGCACUAUUAGCGCUCCCAGGGCUGCUGCCUCACCGGCGGAACAGUACAGUCGACCAUGCCGAAGAUCACGUUUUAAUUGCUGGUAUAGCAUCAGCUUCCCAUUGUUCGUUAGCCGUAGGGGAUCGGCUGGGUAAAAUUUGACACGAAACGAAAGCACAAGUGGAUCCACAUCUGGUUGGAAUGAGAACAAAAAUGCAAUUAAGUACAUCCAAGUAUUUGUUGAUGUAAUCUGAAAAUUACUACAUUACUAAAAAUCAUACAAAAAAUUAAGCAAAACAGCAUACAAUGCACUCCAACAAUUGUAACAGAACAAUAGCAAACAAUUGUAAAAAAAUGUAAUAAUAUUGGGAAUGGUAUUAACUGGAA